ACCUUUUGAAGCGGUGACAUUACUCCACUCAUGCAUAACCGGAAAAUCCUCUCACGGUUUUCAUUGCAGAACCGAUUGUUCUGCGUGUGUAGAUUACCAGCCGUGAGUAUCUACUAUAUGAUUAAUGCAUGAGGAAGAAGGUUUAACUUAAAAAAUCUCUAAUUGCUCCAGAAGGAAUUGUUGAUAAACUAGUACUUUCACAUUCAUGGACUUAAAACAAAACAUAAGAAGAAACGUCAAGUUCGAAGAAAGACAAAUAUCGUGACGGAUAGUACAACAAAUAAAGAUUGGGCGACAAGAUUCUUAAGGCAAAAUGCUGCUACUUAUCUGUUUUGUAUGCUGUGCAGUUGGUAGUGAAAUAAAGGAUACUCGCCUAUCAAUAAAUCACAGAGAAGCCAAAUCAUUUUUAACCAGAACGAGACGUAGUGCUUAUGAUUGCACUGACGAAUAUUGGUGUGAAGAAAACAUCCAAUACUGCACGCAACACUUUGAGGAAGGUCGUGAAGAGUAUUGUCCAAAGCGUUCUACGCCAUGUGGAAAUGGAACAACUUGUUACCUAUUUCAACCCUGCUACAAUCCAGUGCAUCCUAUAGUAACGAGUUGUACAGAAGAUCUUUGUAUGUCAUUUCCUUGUGAAAAUGGUGGAAAUUGCAGUGUUAUCAAUGCAACCCAUAUAUCAUAUACUUGCGCAUGUGUAUCUGGAUAUAAUCAGUCAACAGACUGUGCUACUGAUUAUAAUGAAUGUGCAUCAAAUCCAUGUUUAAACGGUGGUCCAUGUGGUAAUAAUUUUAACCAAUUCACAUGUCAUUGCACCAACCGUUUUGAAGGAGUCAUAUGUGAAAAAGACUGUAGGCCUGGUCCUGCCGAUAUAGUGUUUGUUAUUGACACAUCAAGCAGUUUAAAAGAGGACUUAAAUCGUUCCAUUACCUUCAUACGUGAGUUUGUAGACAAACUUCCCAUUGGUGUUGAUGACUUUCAAAUUGCGGUAAUUACCUUUGGAAGAGAACCCAAUGUUUUGUUUGACUUAGAUGACUAUACGAAUACAGCUGAUAUUAUUCAUGCCAUAGACUUUAUUGAAGGGAGAGAAGAGGAGACACUCACUGUGCCAGCUUUGCAAAAGGCAGUAGAGAUAUCGAUGAGUUCUUCAUCAGGGUCUCGUUUAUCGUCUGCCUACCAUUACAUAGUGUUAUUGUAUGACGGACUCUCUUCUGAUCCGAAUGAUGUAUCAACCUUCGUACAGACAUCCAGUGUACCUAUAUUUACGGUCGGAAUUGGGCACUCUAUUCUUCACAAUGAGCUGUUAACCGUUUCUGGACGUGCAGAACAUAUCUCUAGUCCUUCUCAUUUCAACGACCUCUACAACAGAUUUCUACGGGAGAUAAUCCAUACAAAUUGUAACGAUUGCACACUACAUACAGAAGCAGAUGUUAUUAUUUUACUUGAUAUUAAUAAUAAUCAAACCAAUUCGAACUUCAUUUCAAGGCAAACGUAUGGCACUCGUGCACUGAUUGAUGCCAUUGUUAAUUAUAACAGUGAUGUAAACAUAAGUAUGUAUUCCUAUACAGAGGAACCAGAUAUUGUAUUUAAUUUCACAAAAGACAAAGAUGGCAUGAUAGCUAAAGCUUUCGGUAUAGGGAAGGAUGUGUCAUCAGAUUCAUCAAAUACUACUCAUGCAUUAGUACACAUCAGAGAGAGUGGGUUUUAUCCUUUCAAUGGCGGGAGAUCUUCUGCGAGGAAAUUUGUUGUCCUGAUUUCUGAUGGUAACUGGAUGAGCACUGAUGCCAUUAAAAUGGAAAUAAUCAAAAUGAAAAAUAGUUCAAUCGAGGUUCAUGCAAUUUUUGCCGGAGAAGAUAGUAACAUGGAUAAUCUUAUUUACGUUAUGGAUGAUCCAACCCACGUUUAUUAUGUGCAUGAUGCAAACUAUGUGGACACAACAAGCUUAAAUGUGUUAGCAUCUCUUACAUCUUACUAUACCUGUGGCAAUGAUAUAUUUACUAAUCGCCAGUAAAUCAAACGAAAAAAUGUACAGUAUAUGUGUAUGAUGAACGAAGCCUUGCGUGUGUCAUGGAUUAUGUACGAGUUGAUAAACAUUAUUCAUAUUUAGGGAAAUUUCUUAGAAAAUCAAUCGGCACCUUUAAAAAAUGCACUGUCAUUGUGAAUUCUUUUCAAAUUCACUUUUAUGACCAUAUUAGCACUUAUAUCUUAUCUUAUUAGCAUAUAUAUAAUUCAAAAUUUCAUACUUUGUCGUCAUCGUGGUUACAUAACAGCCGUUGCAUAUUUUACUUUAAUUGAAGUCAUGGUAGUAAGACAAUCAUUUCAUGUUUGUUAUUACAUUUGGUAUGUGCAUUGUGAGAAUUUUCAACGUAGUUUUCACAUAGAUGACUGUUGAAUAUAUCGUUGAGUUUCUGUCUGAUUUACGUGAACACUUAUUUCCUUUUACUCAGAUCGCAAUUUUGUAGUGUUCAUUGUUUCAUUUUUGAUAACAGAUAAAUUUCCUUUCUCUCUUUUGUAUUCAAAUUAACUCUCUUGAUAAAUAAAACAGACAAAACGUAGAUUAUAUC